AAUAAUAAUAACUCCUAGUGGUCUAAUAUAUAAUUUAAAAGAAUAUGAAUUAACAAAUCGUGUUAUACGUAUGUAUUAUGAAAAAUAAGACUAUUUUAUAAGAGUUUCAUUCCAAGAUGAUUCUUUAGAAGCUAUAAAUGAUAUGAAAUAUGUCACUUAAAUGUAUUUUAGAGUUAAAUUGGAGAAAGUAAAUAUAUUAGAUCGGACUUUUAUCAAUUUCGGGUGGAGUUCUUCAUAAAUAAGAACUAAUUCUUGUUGGUUUUUAGACGAAAGAGUACCAAAAAAAUUAAUAAUUGAAAGAAUAGGCAAUUUUUAAGAAAUAAAAUGUGCAGCUUUAAAAGCGUCAAGAAUAGGUUAAUGUUUUAGUGCAUCUACACCAUUUUAUUUUAAAGAAAAACCUAAUAUUUAAUAUUAAGAAGAUAUUUUUAGUGAAAAAGGAAAAGCUUUUACAGAUGGAAUUGGUUUAAUUUCAGAAGAUUUAGUCAAAUAAAUAUGCGAGAAAUUUAAUUUAAAUUCAACCUCAUGCUUUUAAGUUAGAUUUACUUGGUUCUAAAGGAGUUUUAAUGUAAAUGAAGUUUAUAGAAAAAAAUACUAUAAUAUUAAGGAAUAGUAUGAAGAAAUUCGAUGUUUUAAAUGAAGGAGAUAAAUUAUAUAUAGAUAUUUUAGAUAUGAAUAAAUAUAGGAAUGGUUAUUUAAAUAGAUAAGUUAUUAUACUAUUGAAAAGUUUGGGUAUAUAGGACAAAAUUUUUAGAGAUUUGUAAAAUGAAUUUCUUUAAAUGUUAGAAAAAGAAGGAUUUAAAGAUGCGAAUUUUUAUAAUCUUUUUAAUGUCGAUUUUGAGGAGAAUUUAGUUGAAAAAAAUAUUGAAAAACUUGAUAGAAUUACUGUCCUUUUAAAAAAGAUGUAUGAUGAACAAUUAUAUAGAAAAAAAGAUCCAUUUAUAGACGGAGUAUUAAAUAGUUUAAAAUAUAGAGGAUAUUAUAUUCUCAAAAAAAAAUGUAAUAUUUAUGUAGAAAAAAGUGCAAGACUUUUAGGAAUAUUAGAUGAAUUUAAUCUACUUGAAGAAAAUUAAGUUUACGCAAAUUAUAGUAAGGAUGGAGAACUUUUCUAAGAAAUAGAAGGAAAAGUAAUUGUUGUAAAAAAUCCAUGUCUACAUCCAGGUGAUAUUAGAAUUUUAAAUGCUGUUUCAACUAAAAAUGAUAAAAAAUAUAAUUUUCUUAAAGAAUAUAAAAAUGUAUUAAUUUUUCCAAAAAAAGGAAAAAUUCCAAUUGCAGCAUAAAUAGCAGGAUCUGAUUUAGAUGGUGAUUAAUAUUUUAUAUGUUGGGAUGAACGUUUAAUACCUAAUAAAGAAGUCAUUCCAUUUGAUUAUGAUUAAGAAAAUAAUAAAAAUAUUUAACAAAACUUAUAAAAUUAAAUUAAUGAUUAAUAAAUGUUAGAUUUUUUCAUAGAUUUUAUUAAUUGUGAGAACCUAGGUAAAAUAGAUAACUCUCAUCUGGCAAUAGCAGAUUAAAGUUCUUUUUUUGCUCUUGAUUUUAGAUGUAUAUAAUUAGCUAAAUUACAUGCUUAAGCAGUAGAUUAUGCCAAAACUGGGGUAUCUCCAUAUGUUCCUUUGAAUCUAUAGUCUAAAUAAUUUCCUGAUUAUAUGGAAAAAAGCGAUAAAAAUUAAUAUGAGAGUAAAAGUGUAUUAGGGUAUUUAUAUAGAUAAGUAAAAGGACUUUCAAAGCAUAAACCUUUUUUUUAAAAAAAGGCUGUUUUUUUGAAUUUAAAUUAAAAAGUUAUUAAUGAAGAUUUAUUGUUUAAAUUUUUUGAUGAAAAUAAAAUUGAUUUUAAAAAAGAAAUAGAAUAUGUAAAAAAUAUAUAUUAAAUAUAUAGCAUUAAAUAUAUACACGUAAGGCAUUAAAUAUAAUAUUAUAAUAUAAUGAUGAAUUGA